AUGGUAGAUUCAGUAGCAAGAAGAUUACUUAAAGAGCUCAAAGAUUACCAGAACGAACCAAACCCAGAUCUUAUUGAGCUAUCACCCAUAUCGGAUGAUAACAUCUUGAUCUGGAAUGCAGUCUUACGUGGAGAGUCGGACACUCCUUAUGAAGGAGGGAAAUGGACUUUACGUAUUGAAGUUCCAAAAUCAUAUCCUAUUCAUCCACCUAAAAUCAAGUUCUUGACAAAGAUCUGUCAUCCAAAUAUAUCUUUUAAGACUGGGGAGAUCUGUCUUGAUAUUUUAAAAACGGCUUGGAGUCCUGCGUGGACUUUACAGUCUGCGUGUAUGGCGAUCAGAUUAUUGUUGUCAAAUCCGGAACCGACAAGUCCACUGAAUUGCGAUGCUGCAAAUUUACUUCGAUGCGGUGAUUUCAUGGGUUACGAAUCUUUGGUGAAAAUGUACACGCAGCUUCACGCAAUGAAUCAACAAGAUAACGAAGAAAGUAGUUGA